AAUCCCUCCUUGCUCUUGCUGCUGGCACAACGAGCUUCUUCUAUGGAUCCCUCCCUUUUGAAGCUCCUCGAAGAAGAUGACGAGGAUGAAUCUAUGCACUCGAAGGAAGACGUCGACGCCUUCCAGGCCUCUCUGAUUCGAGAAAUCGAAGGAGGAAAUCAUUCUUGGAGUCAGCAGUUUGCAGCAUGGAAUAAUGGUAUUACUCAAGAUGCUAAUACCAAUAAGCUCCAUAUCCUUGAGAGCACUCAGAUGAAAGAGCAACAACAACAAUCUGUUUUAGGGAGUCAAGACCGAGAAUUAAAGCCAGAAGAUGAAUCACCCGUACAGCACAACCACAACCUGCCUCAGUACCAUCUACAACCAGGUGGACUCUCUGAGAAUCCUUCCCAUGUUCCCCAAGCAAGUGACUUGCAGUCUAGGAACAACUCUGUUAGUACUGAACCAGAAAACCCCCAACCUCUGUAUAUGAAACUGCAAAGCAUAAGUGUUCAACGGGCUCAUGGGUUGGAACAACCUGUUGGCUCUGUAAAUCUUGGUCCAACACAACUACAAGUCGGUGAAUUGUUUCGUCUAUUGAGACCCCAAGUUGACAAAGAUAGAGGGACGCAGCUCAAUACACUGUUUUAUAAAUUCAAGAGUAACGAAGUUACAAAGGAAAGUUUCUUACGACAAGCAAGGAAUAUUUUAGGUGAACGAAUGAUCUUAUGGGCAGUUAGGAAACUGCAACAACAGCAGGGAAACAAGGGGGUCAAAGUACCUGAUGGCCCAAACCAUUGCAGAGAGCCCUUUACUUCUGCUGACCAAUCCCUGAUACAAUCUUUAACUGAAGGCAUCAGUGCUAAAAAAUCUGACACUUGUGGAAGUCAUGAUAACCAACUACAUUCAACAAGUUCGGACACCUUAAGCAGUUCAGCUAGUGUGCACGGAUUACACAAUUCUGAGAGACCAGUUUCUGUGAAUGGUCCAGCUAUGGUUCAUGGUGGCCAUAUAUUCCCCAACCAAAAUAACUCAUCCUUGCCUCUAAAUCCGGCUCCUUGCCAAGGAUCAGUCACCAAGGACCAGACAAUGAGCAAUGAUCAGACAGUGGCCCACGUGAAGCAGAAAUUGACUGAUCAAAGCUUUGAUCAGGUACGGAAGCCUUGUCCUGUGGUGCGGCAAGACGUGUCUAAUGUUCCAAUGGAACAGAGGAAUGGUAACCCAAGGAGGUCAGAUGAUGACUUACUGAAGCAAUCAUCUGAAAUGGUUUUAUCAGCACCUACCACCCAUGCAAACUUUGCCUCUCCUUCAGUGAAAACACAGCUGGACUCUAGCACAAUGGUUAAUUUCUCUGCCCCAGCUGCGACCAUUCUCCCAGGAACUAUUGUUAGAACGACACAAGGUCAGAAAAAAACUUUGGAGGCACAAGGUUCUUCGCUACCACCAUUGAGUAAGAGGCAAAAACUAUGUGAAACUUCUUUAGCUGGAAGUGAUAAAAAGUUCAAUGAUGUUACUGAACUCAGUGGCAUCAAUCUUAUGGAAGAGGAAAGAGAAUUAUUAUCUUCUCUACCUAAAAAGGACAGUCGUGUUUUCAAAUCAUUUCGAAGAGUUGUGCAUGAAGAAGAAGGAAGAACGAUUUUGCAGAAAGUUCCACUACAGAGGAAGCUGGCAGAAAUUAUGGCAAAAAGUGGUAUAAAGCAUAUCAAGGAUGAUGUUGAGCGGUGCUUGUCUCUGUGUGUGGAGGAAAGGAUGCGUGUAUUGUUGUCUAAUAUAAUCCGGACUUCAAAGCAGCGGACUAAUCCCGAGAAGUGUAGAAAUCGGAUUUGUAUCACAUCUGAUAUCCGGAAACAAAUCAACGAAAUGAAUCAGAAGGAAAAAGAUGAACAGGAAAGGAAACAUGGUGGAGAAGAAAAGCUUAAGAAUGAUACUGCAAAAGAAGAUAAACGUUCAGAGCAAGUGAAGGCAGAUAAGGAGCAAGCCGAAAAGAGAGCUAAGGCUGCAAAUGAUGCUGCCCUUGCAUCCGUUGGAGGAGAUAAUGUGUUUUCGAAAUGGAAACUUAUGGCAGAAGCACGUCAGAAACCUUCUUCAGAGACAAGAAGAAACGCCAAAAAACUUUCUGGUGGUCAAAGAUUAGGGAAGAAGAACCAUGGUUCACCAAAAGUGGUCCGUUCAAUCUCUGUGAAGGAUGUUAUUGCUGUUGUGGAAAAAGAGCCUCAGAUGUCCAGAUCGACGCUACUGUAUCGCUUAUACGAUAGGAUCUGCUCGUAUGUUCCAACCCAAGAUAAGACAGAGAAAUUACUAAUAUCAAAGACAAGUCUUUCUAACAUUUUUGUUUCUUCUUAUUCCGCUGUAAGUGAUACCAUUACAAAAUCCUAAGCUUGAUCAAGAUGCUAAAGUACAUCCUUAUUCCUUCUU